AAUUUCGCAGCGGCGCCAAAAACUACCCGGGAAAUCCAGUGUAAUCUUUUAAGCGCGAAAACCACCGAUUUUAUCUCCCGCCAUUUCAAGUGCUCAAAUGGCAACGCCAAUGCCAAACCCACUCCUCUCUCACUCAGUUUCUCUCUUUCCGCCAAAACCUGACAAACAGUGAGAGCCCAUCUCAAGAAAGAUGGAUCUCUCAGACAUAGCAAGGAAGCUUGACCUCUCCGACUCCAAGCACGUCAUCCGCAGAGCCUCCGAGCUCCGCCGUCUCUGUGACAUCCAGUUUGACUCUUCUAUAAUCGGCGUCGGUGAGGUAUGCAAAGCUGUGAUUUGCUUAGAAAUCGCCGCAACAAGGUCGGGGCUUCUGUUCGAUCGGCAAAAAGCGAUAAGGUUGAGUGGGAUGUCCGAAAAGGCUUACACCAGAUCCUACAAUUCCAUGCAGAACGGUCUUGGGGUCAAGAACAAGCUGGAUGUUAGAGAACUGGCAAUUCAGUUUGGGUGCGUUAGGAUCAUCCCCUUUGUGCAGAAGGGUUUGUCUCUUUACAGGAGUCGGUUUCUUGCAUCACUGCCAGCGUCUCGGCGGGCAAGUGCUGACUUCACUCGACCUGUCUUCAUUGCCGUGGCAUUCUACUUGUGUGCCAAAAAACACAAGCUAAAGGUAGACAAACUUAAGUUGAUUGAGCUCUGUGGUGCAUCUGAAUCUGAAUUCUCUUCGGUUUCUACUUCCAUGAAGGACUUGUGCUUUGAUAUUUGUGGGAUUGAAAAGGAAAAGAAAGAUCCCAAGAAUGUCAAGGGAAACCGAGAACUUCUAGAUGUUUUGCCAGAGAAAAGAAAACUUGAGGAUGGUGGUUAUUCAUCUGAUGAAGGAGCUGAGCCUUCAAGUUACAAGAAGCACAAAAAGAUGGAAAAGCACGCCUAUGAGGGUUGGAAAACCACUGUCAUUGCAUCAAAUAACCAAACCAAGGCAAAAGUUCUUUGCAAGCCCACCAGACAAACUCGGCUAGACUUUCUCAAGGACGUACCCGAUACCCAGAACUUGAAGGCUGUAUAGGACGACAUCUGAAAACGAACUUAUCAAUAUCCAAAGAAAUCAUAUGCAAACUUUGAGUGAAAUGUAUCAAAAGUACCAAAACUUCAGCCAUGAAUAUAUGAUGAGGUGCUGUGUUUUGGGCUGGGCUGAUUUGUUCUUACCUUGUGAAUCUGAUAUUGGAAGAGAAUAAAUUUAAUUGAUAGGUACAAUUGGUUA